GGGUCCCUGGUGCUAUCCCAGGAGGGGCAGUCCCAGGAGGAGGCUUUUUCCCAGGUGCUGGGGUUGGAGGUUUAGGAGCAGGUGCUGGGGUUGGAGGUUUAGGAGCAGGUGAGUACUGGGACCUCUUUGUCCAGGGUGUGCUGGGAUGGGGACCCCCAGCAAAGCUGCUUGGCUCGGAGCUGGAGCAAAACCUCUCAAACCAGGGGUCGGAGGCCUUGGGGGACUUGGCCCACUCGGCCUGCAACCAGGUGCUGCAGGCCUCUUCCCUGGAGGUGUCUUCCCUGGGGGAGCCUUCCCUGGUGCUGCCUCUGCAGCUGCACUCAAGGCAGCUGCAAAAGCUGGUGCUGGCAUUGGUGGUGUGCCUGGAGCUGGUGGUCUUGGUGGCCUCGGGGUCUCUACAGGUGCAGUGGUACCUGGUGGGGUGCAGCCCGGAGUUGGCGCAGCAGGGAAACCCCCCAAAGUACCAGGUGCUGGGAUUCCUGGAGCUUUCCCAGGCGGUGUGCUCCCUGGCGCAGGCAGUGCUGCCCGGAGUACCCACCGGUGCUGGAGUCAAGCCAAAAGGUCCAGGAGUAGGAGCCUUUGCAGGAAUCCCUGGACUAGGAGGUUUUGGAGGUCAGCAGCCCGGUGUCCCCCUGGGGUAUCCCAUCAAAGCUCCUAAGCUCCCAGGCUUCGGGCCCGGCGGGAUAGGAGCUGGCAUCGGGGCAGGGGGAAAGGCAGGGUACCCCACUGGGACAGGAGUCGGAGCACAGGCAGCAGCAGCAAAAGCAGCAGCAAAAUUCGGUCCAGGGGUUGGUGGUGUCCCCGGCCUUGUGCCCGGCGUUGGUGGUGUCCCCGGCUUGGUGCCCGGUGUCGGAGUUGUCCCCGGGGUGGCAGGUGACUGUCCCCAGGAGCCCUGUACCCAUCACCCGGCUCUGCAGGAGCUGGCGUUGGCGUUCCCGGCAUUGGUGGUGUUCCUGGCGUUCCUGGCGUUCCUGGUGUUCCUGGUGUCCCUGGUGUCCCUGGCGUCCCUGGCGUGCCCGGCGUGCCCGGUGUGCCUGGUGUGGCUGGGGUUCCUGGUGUGGUGCCUGGUGUCGGAGUGGGUGGCCCAGAAGCUGCUGCAGCCGCAGCGAAGGCUGCAGCGAAAGCUGCGGCAUUCG